AUUGCAUCUGACAGUCAGCUGAUUUGUUUGUCAGCUGACUAGUCUCGUGAGUUUCCCAAAAUUCAUGAAGCAGAAAUCCAACUAAGUCUUAAAUAUUUUAGUGCAUUUUAUUUAAUAGUCUUGCAAUAUGUCUCAGAACGAUAGAUUACCAAUUUUCCCUUCCAGAGGAGCUCAAAUGUUGAUGAAAAUCAGACUAAAGGGAGCCCAAACAGGUCAUAAUCUUUUAAAGAAAAAAGCUGAUGCUUUGCAAAUGAGAUUCCGUAUGAUUUUGAGCAAAAUCAUAGAGACCAAAACUCUCAUGGGAGAAGUAAUGAAAGAGGCAGCAUUUUCCCUUGCUGAGGCCAAGUUCACUACAGGAGAUUUUAACCAAGUUGUCCUACAAAAUGUCACAAAGGCCCAAAUUAAAAUUAGGACAAAGAAAGACAAUGUCGCUGGUGUAACUCUACCAGUUUUUGAAUGCUACCAAGAUGGCACUGACACUUAUGAGUUAGCUGGAUUGGCUAGGGGAGGACAGCAAUUAGCUAAGCUGAAGAAAAAUUACCAAAAUGCAGUAAAACUAUUGGUAGAACUUGCUUCUUUGCAAACUUCUUUCGUAACCCUUGAUGAGGUGAUCAAGAUCACUAACAGAAGAGUGAAUGCUAUAGAGCAUGUAAUCAUUCCAAAAAUUGAGAACACUCUGCAAUACAUCAUCUCAGAACUUGAUGAAGUAGAGAGAGAAGAAUUCUAUCGCUUAAAGAAGAUUCAGGAUAAAAAGAAGAUUGCAAAGGCUAAAACUGAAAAGAUUAAGGCAGAACUCAGAGCUAAAGGAUUGCUAGAGGAGCAGAACAACCAACCGGCUAACAUUCUGGAUGAAGGUGAUGAGGAUAUUCUUUUUUAAACCAUUAACAUUCUGGCUUCAUAAAUUUUGGUUUAUACUCACCAUAAAUUUAUUGUUCUAUAAACUAUUGUCAUUAAAAUUGUACAAUAUAUUUGAUCAUGUUUCUUUAAAAAAUAUAGCAGUUAUAUUACAUUGCAUUAUUAAAAUUUUUAGUAUAAGUUGUUAUAUAUAUAUCUUGUAAAAUGUUUGUGCUAAGUAAAAAAAUAUAUGAGGUAGAUUAAGGA